AUGUUGUCUGAUUCACAGGUGUGGUCUAAAACAUUCCAUAUGGUCUGCUCUGCAUCUCGUUGUGUGUCUAUAGUGCAUCAUAUUCUGCAGCGACGAGAUGAAUUGCAAAAGGCAGGGAAAGCCCCAUCUGCCGCUCAUGCCUUGAAGCGCCCUAUCUUCGUCUGGGAGCCAGUUCCUGAUCUCUGCACCCCCGAAGAACAAGACAAGUUCUUCGCCGCAAAUAAAGUCGUGGAUGUGGUAAGUCCUAACCAUAUGGAGCUCGGCAUGAUGUUUGAACAUGUCGGCUGGACUGAGAAGAGCCAUGCUGGCCAGCAGCUUGUUCAAAGAAUUACAGACUCCGGCAUUGGACCUGAUGGAAAUGGCAUGCUGGUUAUCAGGGCAGGAAAGGAUGGUAGCUACGCCUACUCAAAGUCUGGCAAGAUUUGGCUCCCUGCAUAUCAUCAACCCGAUGCCUCAGGUGCUACGCCUGUGAUCGACCCUACGGGUGCGGGAAACUCUUUCCUUGGUGCCCUAGCCCAGAGCAUGGUGUCUGAAGGCCGAGAGCCAUUCCAAGCCGUUGGUUCUGUUCUAUCGAACUCUGAAAUUUGGAAGAAAGCCCUCGAGUCUUGGGGUGAUUACCAACAUUAUCCUAUGGCGCUUAUUUGCGCAACCGUCGCCGCUGGCUUUGUGGUCGAGCAAAUUGGUGUACCGCAGAUCGAAGUUGUCGGAAAGGGAAAGGAAUUGUGGAAUCAGACUGAAUUCACGGAACGUGUCCGCCUGUACACGCAGCGAGUAUUGAGGACACUUGAAGAGGCUCCUCAGAGACAUCUAUUGGUCAAUUGA